AUGCAGUGGUUUGGGUUGGAAGGAACCUUCCAAGCUGAUCUAACUGCGGUCUCUUUCUCUCUGUGUUUGUCGUCCUGCAGGCUGGAAUGGGUGGAAAUCAUCGAGCCUCGAACGCGGGAGCGCAUGUACGCCAACCUCAUCACCGGGGAGUGCGUCUGGGACCCCCCGGCCGGGGUGAGGAUCAAACGCACCAAUGAGAACCAGUGGUGGGAGCUCUUCGAUCCCAACACCUCCCGCUUCUACUACUACAAUGCCACCACUCAGAGGACAGUGUGGCACCGACCGCAGAACUGCGACAUCAUCCCUCUGGCCAAGCUGCAAACCCUGAAGCAGAACACGGAGUCACCAAGGGCUUCCACGGAGAACAGCCCCGGGAGGAGCAGCAAUGUCAGCAGGGAGGGGAGCACCAGCUCCUCCUUGGAGCAGGAGCUGGAGGGGAGUGAGAAGGUCCAGGAGCAGAGGUCAAGUCGCCAGUCAAGCCAGUACGCCGUGGUCAAAGAAGAAACGGAAAGCUCAUCGCCCUCCGGAGUGUUUGAGAAGGACUACGAUAUUUAUCGGGACUACACUGCAGAAGGUCAACUCCUCCACUACAGGACGUCGUCGCUGCGAUGGAAUGCCGGCACCAAGGAGCGGAUGCUGAUCAAGGUGACCGACCGCGAGCCCAGCUUCCUCCUGCACCAGGGCAACGGCUACACGCCUGAGAACCCACCGGGCACCCGCUCACGGCGGCCCUCAGGAGGCCAACAAUCACCCAACCUCCAAACCUUCACCCCAGAGGCUGACAACUCCGUUUUCUUCCCAGAGAGGAAACCAUCACCCUUCCUGAAGAGAGCUGAGCACGUUGGGAGUUGCUCACCCCUCCUUGGCCGAGGAGACACCUUCUGCUCUCCUCUCCAAACCCAACACCGCAAACACUCCAGCGAGUCCCAACCUUCCUCUCCCCGCUACGCCUACGAACCUCCCCUCUACGAAGAACCUCCCAUGGAGUACCAAGCUCCCAUCUACGAUGAACCCCCCGUGGACAUGCAAUAUGAAGCUAGUGGAAGCUACAAAGCUGGUUCACCACAGAAGUCACCCAUCAGGAAGCCUCAUCCUUUCCUCCAGUCACCCAAACAAAGCUCCAACUCCCCCUACCAACAGCUGGUCCUCACCAAACAGAAAUGUCCCGACCGCUUCAUGAGCUUGGAGUACAGCCCCGCCGGCAAGGAGUAUGUCAGGCAGUUGGUCUACGUUGAGCAAUCAGGUUCUAGCCCCAAGAUGAAGACGGGUUUGAGGCACAAAUAUUCUCCCAACCCCAUUGGUGGGUCCUACUCACUUCAACAUAGCCCUUGUCUGGUCCGUGACCAACGUUUGGAGAUCAAAUCUGGUGACUACAGCAGUAUGGAAGGACCUGAUUUCUGCCCUAGUUCGACAAGUGGCCAAGUGACCCAGGCUGAGGACUCCAUGUCAUGGUCCAGCCAGCAGGACACUUUGUCCUCCACCGGUUACUCACCCUCCACCAGAAAGAGGAAAAGCCGGAAGCCCUCCUUAUCUCAUGAACCCAAUGCAUCCUCCACCGACGGCUCAGGGGACCGGGAGGUGUUGGGUGAGCAGAUGUUGGGUGACGAACGAGCUGCUCCAGCACCCAACAGGUCACCCAUGAACCGUACUGAGAGCAAAGCGGUGGAGGCGGAGGCGGCGCGGGGUUUCCCCGAGCCCUUCUUGGCCCAAGCUCGCCUGGCUUGGGAAGCCCAACAAGCUCACUACCAUAUGAAGCAACGGAGCAGCUGGGACUCCCAGAAGGAUGGGUCGGGUUACGAGAGCGACGGUGCCCUCCCUUUGCCCAUGCCAGGUCCUGUGGUGAGAGCCUUCAGUGAGGACGAGGCAUUGGCGCAGCAGGAGAACAAGCACUGGAAGAGGAACACCUUUGAGAAGCUGGGUUUCCCUCAGAUCCUGCUGGAGAAGAGCGUUUCCGUCCAAACCAACCUGGCUUCACCUGAGCCCUAUCUGCAUCCAUCUCAGUCGGAGGACCUCGGUGCCUGCGCCCAGUUCGAGAGCAGCAGACAGACCAGGAACAUGAUGCCUAGUGCCAGCUGUGUCUUCCCUACCUUCAACCUACGGAAGCCCUCCUCAGAGACGGACAUUGAGAACUGGGCCUCCAAGCACUUCAACAAGCACACCCAAGGGCUCUUCCGUAGGAAGGUGUCCAUAGCCAACAUGCUGGCCUGGAGCAGUGAGUCCAUCAAGAAACCCAUGAUCAUGACCAACGACCGUAACGUCAAGAAGGAAGCUUGUGAGAUCUUUAAACUGAUUCAGAUGUACAUGGGGGACCGGCGGGCCAAGACGGACCAACUCAACGUGGCCUUGGAGAUCGCCACCAAAGGUUGGAGCAUGCAGGGGCUGAGAGAUGAGCUCUACAUCCAGCUGUGCCGACAGACCACCGAGAACUUCCGUUAUGAGAGCCUGGCCAGGGGCUGGGAGCUCAUGGCCAUUUGUCUGGCUUUUUUCCCACCCACUCCCAAAUUUCAUUCUUACCUUGAAGGAUACAUUUAUAGGCACAUGGAUCCAGUGAAUGACACCAAAGUUUUCCGGCACAUUCAAGAGCUCCUUGCCAGGACCCACCAGAAGAAGCCAAAAUUGAGAAAGAAACCGCGAGCCCCCAGCCCGCAGCACCAGGGGGUGGCCAUCAGCACUUACGCCAAGUACUGCUACAACAAACUGCAGAAGGCAGCUCUGACAGGAGCCAAGAAGGGCUUGAAGAAACCCAACAUUGAGGAGAUCCGUCACGCCAAGAACGCCGUCUUCAACCCUUCCAUGUUCGGUAGCUCUCUGCAGGACAUCAUCUCCAUGCAGAAGGAGCGGUACCCUGACCGGCAGCUGCCCUGGGUGCAGACCCGCCUCUCUGAGGAGGUCCUGGCCCUCAACGGGGACCAGACCGAGGGCAUCUUCAGAGUCCCUGGUGACAUCGACGAGGUCAAUGCCCUCAAGCUUCAGGUGGAUCAAUGGAAGAUCCCCACCGGCUUGGAGGACCCCCACGUUCCUGCCUCUCUGCUGAAGCUCUGGUACCGGGAGCUGGAGGAACCUCUGAUCCCUCACGAGUUCUACGAGCAGUGCAUCACCCACUACGAGAACCCUGAGGCAGCCAUCGCGGUUGUCCACUCUCUGCCCAGGAUCAACAAGAUGGUGCUGUGCUACCUCAUCCGCUUCCUACAGGUGUUCGUGCAGCCGGCCAACGUGGCGGUCACCAAGAUGGACGUCAAUAACCUGGCCAUGGUGAUGGCCCCCAACUGCCUGCGCUGCCAGUCGGACGACCCGCGGAUCAUCUUCGAGAACACCCGCAAGGAGAUGUCCUUCAUCCGCGUCCUCAUCCAGCACCUUGACACCAGCUUCAUGGAGGGCGUCCUAUAG